CAGGAGCUUCAGCCACAGCUCUGACCUCAGCCAGCACCUCUGUAAGCACCACUCCAAGGGUGAUGGGCUGUGCAGUGACGAGGAGAAGGCAUUAGAUGCUGUAGUCAUCCCUAACGCCUGUGAUGAGGGCCAGGGGAAAUUCAGCCAGCGCUCAGACCUGGUGAGACACACACAGACUCACAGCAACAAGAGCCUGUACGUCUGCAGCGACUGUGGCAAGAGCUUCACCAAGAUGUCUGACCUCAACAGGCACUGCCACACCCACAUAAUCAAGGAGACCUUUGCCUGCAACCUCUGCUGCCAGGCCUUCACUGACAGCUCCACACUCACCCAUCACAUAGAGACCCACACCAGGGAGAAGCCCUUUGCCUGUGACACCUGCAGCAAGAGCUUCAGUCAGAGCUCUAACCUUACCAGGCGUCGUCACACCCACACUGGGGAGAAGCCUUUUGCUUGUGACAAGUGCAGCAAGAGAUUCAGUCACAGCUGGCACCUCAUCGUGCACCGCUGCACCCACACUGGGGAGAAGCCUUUUGCUUGUGACAAGUGCAGCAAGAGAUUCAGUCACAGCUGGCACCUCAUCGUGCACCGCUGCACCCACACUGGGGAGAAGCCUUUUGCUUGUGACAAGUGCAGCAAGAGAUUCAGUCACAGCUGGCACCUCAUCGUGCACCGCUGCACCCACACUGGGGAGAAGCCUUUUGCUUGUGACAAGUGCAGCAAGAGAUUCAGUCACAGCUGGCACCUCAUCGUGCACCGCUGCACCCACACUGGGGAGAAGCCUUUUGCUUGUGACAAGUGCAGCAAGAGAUUCAGUCACAGCUGGCACCUCAUCGUGCACCGCUGCACCCACACUGGGGAGAAGCCUUUUGCUUGUGACAAGUGCAGCAAGAGAUUCAGUCACAGCUGGCACCUCAUCGUGCACCGCUGCACCCACACUGGGGAGAAGCCUUUUGCUUGUGACAAGUGCAGCAAGAGAUUCAGUCACAGCUGGCACCUCAUCGUGCACCGCUGCACCCACACUGGGGAGAAGCCUUUUGCUUGUGACAAGUGCAGCAAGAGAUUCAGUCACAGCUGGCACCUCAUCGUGCACCGCUGCACCCACACUGGGGAGAAGCCUUUUGCUUGUGACAAGUGCAGCAAGAGAUUCAGUCACAGCUGGCACCUCAUCGUGCACCGCUGCACCCACACUGGGGAGAAGCCUUUUGCUUGUGACAAGUGCAGCAGGAGCUUCAGGCAGAGCUCCAACUUCAUUGUACACCACCGCACCCACACUGGGGAGAAGCCCUUUGCCUGUGACACCUGCAGCAAGAGCUUCAUUGACAGAUACACACUCACCCAGCACUGCCACACCCACACUGGGGAGAAGUCCUUUGCCUGUGACAAGUGCAGCAAGAGCUUUACCACCAAGUCCAACCUGAACAAGCAUUGCCACACCCACACUGGGGUUAAGCCGUUUGUCUCUGGUGACUGUGGUGAGAGCUUCACUGGCAAGCCCAGCCUCCCCCAUCACAUACAGACCCACCCCAGUAAGAAGCCCUUUGCCUGA